AUAAAUUAAAAGUAGAGAAAAAUUAUCAAUUUGAGAUUAACUUUGGAUGACAAACUAAAAUCAAAGAAACAUAUUAAAUUUGAAUCUUCAGAAGCUGCUGGUACAAAUAUCUGAUUGUAAAGACAGAACAGUUUAAUAUUUCUAUAUCAAAAACAUAUUUCAAUAUUUUAUAUUUGUAUUUAAUCAGAGGGAUUUUCGGAAACUGCCUGACGUGAUUUAGUUAAAAAUAAUAAUUUAUUCAUUUAUAAAAAUAAAAAAAAAUUCAGAACACGUCAGGUUCGUAUAUUUUUACAUCGAUUACUUUUUGUAUCUGUUUUCAUUUAAAAGAAAUCUAAUUUAAUCUCGUCAGUCAUAUUCAUAAUGUGUCUAAAUAUUUAGAACAAAUUGUCAAACAAACAAAGCGAAAUUGUCAAAUUCCAAAUGAGCGGUGAAGCUGCUGUCGAGACCAAAGAUGAUCAAUGACUGUUAAUAAAGAUUAUUAUUAUUAUUGUCAAAUAUUAAAAAUGAAAAGAUAUUCUGCUCAUUUUACUCACAAUCCUCCAAAAUUCUACGGAAGACGAUUAGAGCUGCAGAAAAUAAAUGUUUCUCGAAGAAUUUUAAAAGAAAAGUUUAAAAAUAAAACAACAUAACUUGAAAUAACAGACUCAGAAAUAUGCCGAGUCAGGAAAAAUCCUACAGGAAGAGAUUUGUGUCACAUGCAAACUAAGAAAUUUGAGUCAGCAUCUGGUUCAGUUUCUGUCCGUUUGAUGUUUUCUGAGGAUGUUUGAAGAUUUCAUCAGAGAACAAACGUCUGGAGAAGCGGAAUCUCCCCGUCGCCUCUGCGUCUGUUGUCAGAUCUGAGAGUCGCACGUCGACAUAAAUGAAGCAGGUCCGGGAGCCGUCGCUCCGCAGAGGACGGACGGAACCAAACCGAGAAGAUGAGGCCGAGACGCAGCGGCGACAAACUGCUGGUGUGCUGCAGUGUAUUGUGGGUAGUCGUCUCCUCCUCCUCCUCCUCCGGGGUUGAAGCUCCUCCUCCUCCUCCUCCUGCUGGAUGUGACUCCAUGUUGGCGUUCUCCUCAGACGACUCCUCGACCUUAUCGGAAGGAAACAGGAACAUCCACCGCAGGUCUCUGUCGCCAUGGAGAUGGAGGUCGACCACGGUGAAGGACCGCGUCCCCUCCACCCUCUGGGAGGCCGAGUGCAGCGGCGGCAGCUUCUGCUCCGGACCCGACAGCCGAGGCCUGAACUCGGUCCCCGUCUACCAGAGCGUCCUGGUCCUGACCCGGCAGGAGGGGCGGCGCUGCUACACCGCGUCCUACCAGACUGUGGCCGCGGGCUGCACCUGCGUCCGGGCCACGACCAGCCGGACCUGAACCAGCGGCCGGGAGGAUGAGAAGAUGUGGAUCCACUUCAUCUUCAUCUUCAUCUUCAUCUCCUCCCACAAACGUCUUACACCUUGUUCUUUAUUCACAACGGUUCAUUACACAGAUCUGAUACAAAGACACAAAACUCUGUUGGUUUACCUGCGAUCAACAAAACAAUGUGGAUGUCGAAUGUUCCUGUGAAGCUCAGCAUCAGUGCUCAUCGUCUCUGAGGACGAAUGAAUGUAAGAAGAAGAGUGUUAUGAACUACAGUAAACUGAAGCUCAGUCGACGUGUUGAUGUUUCCUGUCGCUCUCACGUGUCACAUGAAGAUCGGAAGAGUCAAAUAAAGGAAACGUAACAGUUUUCA